AUGGGCUUGCAACGAGAGAGCAAGGCAGGAGAGGGUCUGGAAGGGUACAUCAUUAAGAAGUCUGAUGACUUGUUUCACGUGUGUCAAGAAGCCACCAAUGAAGAGGUGGAAGUAUCGAAGUACUAUCUAGAUUGUCGUCCUUUGACUCACAUUCUUCAAUCACGGCCGCCAAUGCAGCCAGAUUUCAACCCUCUCCCCAAGCCCAAAUCUCUUCAAAUCAGGGAUGAGAUAGGAGUUGUGAAUCCGGAUUCAUUUUGCAACAUCAUCAGUAAAGAAGUCUUUAUUAUCGGAGGUGCACGGAAGGGCUACCAAGCCACGCUAUACCAACUCGCUCAUGAUACCUGCUCCGUUUCUGUGCAUGGGCAAGCGCGCACUACGGUUAAAUGUGAGGACGUUGCUACUAGAAUGAGGUUAGACAGUGCAAUACUCGAAGGUCUGGACAUGAUUUCUUUCUGCAAGAUGCAGAAGAAAUCAUAUAUAAUGCUGCCAUGUCGAAGCAAGACCCCUCCACCUGAUCCCGUAGUCCCAUCCAGUUUGUCCAGCCAUAACAAUUAUGAUUCGGCAGAUAGCCUUUCUGCUGGUGUCAAGACAUAUGACCCCUGGGUUGCUAAUAAUGCAGAGGACAUUGAGGACACCAUCACAGAUAUGAAGGAGAAGUCUCGAAACGGCAGCCCGUUACCUUGGUUGAUGAACAAGGAGUUUGCGUUGAAGUUGACUCAUCAUCACGUGGUGCUUAAAGUGUCACCAAGUUUCAUGGGGGGCAGACUGCAUAAUCGCUUCGUAUCUACAGCUUGUCCUGACCCAUUCUGCGGUGAGAAUGGACCCGCUCCUGAUGGCUGUAUCACAGUAUUUUGUACAUCCAAUGGUGCCGGAGCCAUGCUUCAGCACUAUCAUAUCCCUGUCACUGAUCUAAGUCCAGCUCCACUGCGCAAAAAAAAACCGAAAGUGUCUCGUCCUGGAUGGCGACACUCGUGGUGA